AUGGCUCGAGAGGCGAAAGAUACCAACUGGGGGGUGGAUCUAUGGUGCCAAGCUUCUAGUGAUUUGUGUUCUGAAACGAUUCAAGCGGACUCUUGCCACCUAUAUCUCGAAGCAGCAAAUCCUUUGGAGGCAGCACUAAAUGGAGACAAAGACAGAAUUCAGAGACUUGCCAAAGCUGUACGGAUAAUUCUUGAAUGUGUUGGGGAAGAUCCGGAGAGAGAAGGCCUACGUGCGACACCAGAGAGAUAUGCAAAAGCCAUGCUAUCCCUCACUACAGGAUAUGUGGAUAAUGUUCAAAGCUUAGUCAAUGGGGCCGUUUUCGAAGAAAAUUACGACGGACUCGUUAUUGUGAGAGAUAUCGACCUUUUCUCUCUUUGUGAGCACCAUAUGGUUCCAUUUACUGGCAAGAUACAUAUCGGUUAUAUCCCAGAUGGUCGUGUCUUGGGCCUCUCUAAAGUGGUCCGUUUAGCAGAGAUGUUCUCUCGCAGACUCCAGAUUCAAGAACGCCUGACCAAGGACAUUGCCACGACAAUUUUUGACGUCCUUAGUCCUCGGGGAGUUGGAGUGGUUAUGGAAUCCUCCCAUCUUUGCAUGGUCAUCCGUGGUGUACAGAAGGUUGGAAGUUGUACAACUACCAGCUAUAUGAUUGGAUGCAUGCGGUCGAAUCCCCAGAUUAAAGACGAAUUCCUGGCGCUUUUACGUCGAGGACAGCAAUCAUGA